CCCAUUUCCAUGGGCUAGAGCGUAGAGCCAAAGGCGAAGCUCUCUACUCUGGUCGUCAAUGGCGGGGAGCAGCGUCUUGCUAGCCUUCUCUCCUCCCCUCCCCUCUUCUCCUUCCUCUUCUCUCCGCUCUCACCAUUCCCAUUCCUUCUUUGCAUCUCCCCUCCACUCCCUUCCUCCAAUCUCCCAAAACCCUUCAUCAAAAUACCACCUUUCUUUCCUUUCCAAACCAUCUCUUUCUCUUUCUCCUUCUCCUCCUUCCUUCUUCUCCUUCUUCCUACGCAGUGCUACUUCUGAGUACGUCUUCCCAGAUCCCAUUCCCGAGUUCGCCGAAGCUGAGACAGAGAAGUUCAGGAGCCAUCUCCUUCAGAAGCUCUCCAAGAAGGAUAUUUUUGGGACCUCUGUUGAGGAAGUUGUAGGUGUCUGCACUGAGAUCUUAAGCAACUUCUUGCACACCGAGUACGGCGGUCCAGGAACGCUUUUGGUGAUUCCUUUCAUUGACAUGGCUGACACCUUGAACGAAAGGGGACUUCCCGGGGGGCCUCAAGCGGCACGAGCAGCAGUUGUGUGGGCCCAAAAGCAUAUCGAUGAGGACUGGAAGGAAUGGACCGGAGAUAGUGAUUAAGCUAAAUCCUUUUUCAUAAGAAAAAAAAAAGCACACAAACACUUUAGAUCCAGUUACAAUUUUGCUCGAUGUUUUAUGAUCUUACUGUGAUUUAGAAACAUUGAAUCAGCUUGUGGAGUCAGGUUGAGGUUUUUGGUUAUUUGUAGGUUGAGUUGUAUGAUGCCCUUUUUAGAUGUUUGUUUUCAGAAUGAUAUCCAGAACAGCAUCUGUAGUAUGUGUGACUGCUGUAAAGAUGGAUGGGAGUUCAACAAUUACAAUGUUGCACAAUCCAUUCAAAUGAUCA